AUGACAUAUUAUACCUUGCAAGUAAUAACGGAAACAUGGGGGUUGAUAUUGGACAAACAAAGGGGAGAUUUUCAACGCCCAAGCAAAGCAAUACUAUAUAAGCAAGACAGUUUUAAGUACCUGUAUUUUAUUUUGACAAAUUAUAAUUUCCUCUCAACAAAUAUGUUUAUUUUAUUAUUACUAACUUUUGGACUCCAGUGCAAAACAGCUGCAGUAAAGAAUGAUAAAAGCAUAGUUGUAGAUGACGAGUGUGUGUACACAAAGAAUGGUGAAAUUCAGUUUGCAAAAUUUAAUGAAACAACACAAAUUUGCUGCGCCAGAUCUGGUGUUCACGACAAAUGUCAGCAGGAACAGGAAGUACAAUGUUGUGGAGAUAAAAUUUACAGACCAGGUAAAGAGAUUUGCUGUGAAGAUAAGCCAUACUCAUCACAAAACCACAGAUGCUGUGGAAACAUAAUAACAAGUUUAACAGAAAGAUGUGGCAACAAGAGAGGAAGGGACAUUCUGCGCUUUACAAGACGCAUUUGGAAAUCGUGGCUAAGAAAAUCGAGGCGGGGGAAAUCAAUAUUGAUGAUGAUAUUCCUUUGAAAAAAGAUAGCUUAAUGUCGUGCAAGUUUUGUAUGCGCUAGCA